AUGGCGUCGAUGUUGUUCGGGGGUUUUCUCCUGAUUGCUUUCUCGUUCGUAGCUCUGCUCACCAGAGACGAUUGCUGCUUAAUAUGCUUGCCAGUGAUCAUUAUCGGCGGGGCCAUGUUACUUUUCUCUAGACCAGAGAAGCGAGUCGAUCCUCGGAACAAAGCCGUCCUAGUUACCGGAUGUGAUCGGGGGUUUGGGCUCUCCAUGGCUAAACAUUUCUACUCGCUCGGGUUUGAAGUAUUUGCAGGCUGCCUUUUCAAAGACGACGGCGGUGAUGGCGCUGUGGAGUUAGAAACAAUGGGUUCUGGUAGAUUGCAUGUGUUACAGUUGGACGUUGCGGACGAUGAACAAGUGAAGAUGGCAGUGAAAUGCGUGAAGGAACUGACCGGGGAGCGAG